AUGGCGGCGCCAAUUCCCGCCGGCUCGCAGCGCAAGUUCGGCCCCAAAUGGGAGCUCAAGUACGCCGUGGCCGUGACGGAGCGCGAUCAGCUGACACAGAUACCUACGAAGGCUGUGUGCCUCAUGUGUCAGGCCUUCGAGCGUGAGGAGGCUGUGGGUUCCAAGCGCAAGAAGACAAGCCGCGUCCGCAGCUUUUCGGCACCCUGGCGCCCUGACAAUAUGAAGCGCCAUAUGGAGCAGCAGCAUCCAUUGCGCUGGGAAGAGUACCAGAAACUUACUGAUGGCGAGAAACGCGUCUAUUUUUCUGCUCGCGAGGUAAUGGCGAUGUCUGGAGGAGAUGAUGCGGUGCCAUCUCUGGUGGUGCCUCCCAUGGUCAGUGAACCUACGCCUAGUGCCGAAGCGUAUGCUCUAGCUGCUCAGUAUAGAGCUUUCCUGGUCGACAAAGAUAUCGUGGAAGAGCUCAUUGCUGGCGUCCUGUUUCAGACGACCAACGACGAAUAUCGCAAUGCGUGGAACGUGCCGCUGACGUUCACGCUGCUUGAGGAAGCCAGUGCGGCGCUGAACAAUGCAGACAUUGACGUGAACGAAUCACGCUAUGUUGCGCGAGUGGAAUCUCUGCUAAAGUUUAACAUGUGCUUGAACCAAGUUGUCCCGCUUCUCCAGAAGACGGCCGAGGAAACCGGAAUGGAUGCGAGUUUGAGUGGAUCUUCGUUCACAGAGCAGCAGCUGGCGUGUUUGUGCCGCGUGGCGUGUGCUGUCAACUUCCAGACUCUUAAAGAUACGCUUCGUCGCGUGUGGGCGUUUACUAUCGCGCUUGAACAGGGAAAUGACGCCGCGUCGCCGUAUUUGGACGUUCGGGUACGAUUUGAGCGCGACGCUCAGUUGCUUGAUUUCCAUUUGGUUUCCAUACCCAUUCGAGAGGAUUCGCCACAAAUCAUCCGGCAUCAAAGUGAACUUGUCGUCAAGUGUUUAGACAUUGUGGCGCCUGCAUGGAAAGCGCAACUAAUUGGGGUCACAACCUCCGACUCGUUCGCAAAAAUGCCUUCGUGCUCUCGAGUUAUAGUGAACCGUCUGGCGCAGAGUUGCGUGGCUUCCUUUUAUUGUGAGUGGGGUCUCCUAUCGCAACUUGAGCUGGCAAUCCAGGAGUCUUUCAACGGGUUGUGCAACCAGAGGUUCAUGGCUGGAUUAACGUCACUAGUUGGACAUUUCCGUCGUCAGCGAGCACUGAUCCGUGAAAUGAAUGGAGAAAUGUGCCCUAAAUUCGAAGACGGGCAGUGGCGAUCCGUUGCAAGUGUACUCAAAUGGUUUACUGUGCACCGCGCACGUCUGUUCAAUUGCGUGCAGGAUACGCAACCUCCCAAGGCUGCUGGGAAGGAGUGGUGGGUCACUGUCAUUGCUGUCAAUGGCAUUAUGGAGCGUGUGAACGUUGCACUCACGAUGUUGCGUGGACCUUCCGCUGCAUUGGGAUCAGCUCGGCGGGAAUACGUUGCUAAGCUUGUGACGGAUCUCGCCGUGGUGACCGGUACUCUUGGACCUUUGGCGGUGUCACAGCAGAGUAAUGGCCAUAAUAUUGAGUUUGGGGAUUUCUCAAUGAGUCGAGAAGCCGCGAUUUCGUUCUUGAAGGAGCAAGGCAGUUUUGUGAUGAACGCAGUUAACGAGUUAGAGGUGAACUUCCCAGCUUGUUGCCAAGCUGCGGUGGAAUCUACAGCAAAUUUCGCGGUGUCUGUCAUAGCUAGAACACAUCAGAUCAUGCUGGAAUGCGACGAGAACAGCAACAGCACAGCGAGUUUAAACACUGCAAUGCCUCCGUUCCUCCCACAAGCGUUGUGUAAGACGCGAAACCAGUUAUUUGCGACUCAUUUGCAAGCACAACGAGUGCGUUUAUUGCAACAUUAUUCGGCUGACCAGAUCGAGCAGAUUGAAGACCAGCAUCGAAUGCUACGCACAUCGUAUCAGCUUGAUGAACACAAGCAGUACUACAAGCCCGACAGUAUCGUGCUCUGUCUCGCUUACGAGGGUGCAGAGGGCUUUGAGUACUACAAUCAAGAGUGA